CACAUCCUUAAGUUAUCGGGGUCCACAUUUGGGGCGAUAUCUCGAGACCCUAGUCACGGAACGGUAUGAAAAAUACUCUAUACUAUAGAUCUCAUCAACAGCUUCCAUUUGCUACCCAUAUUGUACGAACACAUCCUUAAGUUAUCGUUGCCCACAUUUUGGGCGAUAUCUCGAGACCCUAAUCACGGAGGGGCAUUAUAUGUAAAUACUCUAUACUAUAGAAUCAUCAGCAGCUUCCAUUUGCUACCCAUAUUGUACAAACACAUCCUAGGGUUACCCGGGUUCACGUUUUGGCCUAUUUCUCGAGACCCUGGUAUCCGAUUCUUAAAAUUUUAAAACACAAACCAUCUACUGUAUAGUCCAAACAAAGCCUAAAAAUUUGGUUUGGAUAGGUGAGCCCGUUCUUGAGUUAUAAGAUUACCAAGGAAAUGUAACUUCUUUUUAUAUAUAUAGAUAUAUAAUUGGCGCGUACACCCUUUUUGGGUGUUUGGCCGACCUCCUCCUCUUAUUUGUGGUGUGCGUCUUGAUGUUGUUCCACAAAUGGAGGGACCUACAGUUUUAAGCCGACUCCGAACGGCAGAUAUUUUUAUGAGGAGCUUUUUCAUGGCAGCAAUACACUCGGAGGUUUGCCAUUGCCUGCCGAGGGGCGACCGCUAUUAGAAAAAUCUUUUUCUUAAUUUUGGUGUUUUACCGAGAUUCGAACCUACGUUCUCUCUGGGAAUUCCAAAUGGUAGUCACACACCAAUCCAUUCGGCUACGGCGGCCGCAGUUGACUGAAGUAGGUCGGGUUAAAUAAUUUAUUAAUUUUUUUAAUUUCGUGUAGUUGAACUUAAGGAGGAAAUAUGGAGGUUAGAAAAGGUAACCCUUAGUACGCCACAAAAAAGCCUAUGACUUGGUGGUUUUGCGCUUUUGAGCCGUGACUGAAACAUUUGCUACUCGCUGCGCUGCUGUUGCCAAACAAACUCAACUAUGUAUUUUGAUAAUAACUACCACAAUUUAUUGUACCACGAAGCCGUAGCUGUGCAAUAGUAUAUUAAGUGAAAAAUAUUUUAGUUUUUAUUAUUUAUUGAGGUAGAAGAAUUGAGGAAUGACUCCAAUGCACAUUGAGAUGAGAUACUUUUUAAAUGCAAGGUUUUCAGUGUUGCAUUUUUAUUUCUUAAGCCCCUUGAAUGAUUAAAGGAUAUCUUCUGCAUUUUUUAUUAGCACAGCUUAGUUGUGCAGUUGUGCAAUUUUAAUUUAUUGGCUAAAAUGCUGUCUUUGCACUUUGCCAGUAACUAACCUUACAUAAAUUUCUCGCCAGACAAACUACCACCACCAUCAGCACAGCUAUUGACCAGCAACAAAUAACUCGCUGACCUAUUUUCACCAUUUUGUUGUGGUCAUUGAUCUAUCGGCACCCACACACAUACCUCCCAGUAUGCAGCACUACUGCCAACCAGUAAUCGAUUUUGAUUCGCUGGCUCAGCAGCAGAGCGCGUCGCAUGUCCGACUGGCAUGACAAUUAAAAACUAAUUAAUAUUAGCAAAUUUACUCCUAUAAAAGCACUAUUAUUAACACGCUAAACUAUAACAUGACAAUAACGCGAUAAAAGCCAAUAAUAGGUGUUCGAAUAUGCGAAUAUUUGUUGUUACAUGGGAGAUAUUUCAUAAAAUUACGAAAAUUAAUCAAGCGAACAGAGCGUCGGAUAUAAAAGUAGUUCAACCGCCAAAAUGUGUUAAUAAACAAACAAAAUAGCGCUGGACUUUAAGUUUCAGUUUUCAUGGUCAACCGAAUACUUCGUCUUGUUUGCUGUUCCAUAAAGUUAAUUAUAAUGGAAGCUGGCGUGGUAUGUCAACAUACGAAUAAGAGUAAUGAAGCAGGAAGGCAAAACUUUUGCGCUUAAGAGGAAAAUCUUGAAUUUAUACCAAUUUUUGCUAAUCUUAUUCGCACUAAAAGUGCUUACAUGCGAGUCGCUCCAGUCGCGAGAAAUCAAUGUUACUCAUACGCAGUGCAGUGCCACUAAAGAGUUCCGGUGCCAUUAUCUCUACACGAAAUCCAAAUAACCUUCGCGAAGUCGUACUUAGACUUCAUGUUUGCAUGUUUGUAUGCUAAUGUUGGAUUUCUGCUCAGUUCUUAAUUCCAAAUUUAAUUUCUUUAGUGGGCACUAAUUUAGCUGCUCCAUUUCCGUUUUCCUUCGAAUCACAAACUCGUUUACAAUGGCAACUUUUCACGGCUGCUAAUCUUAACCACAUUUGGUGUCUAUGUACCAUUAAAUAUUGCCUGUGUUUUGGUAUUCGACACCGAGUGUGCGGCUACAUGCAAAUGGAUGAAUGUUCCUUGUAUAUCAACCUUUAAUGGCAUUUGGCUAAAGUUUUCCAGGAGUAAACAGGUUGAUUUACAAAAGUUUGCUUAUUUAUUUCGUGAAUGAAUAAAUGCAUACGAAAUUUUCAUUGACAAGGACCGAAAUUGGAAAUUGGUUGAAGUAAAAAUUUGUUGUGAUUGUUAUCUGCUGGCGUUGGGGUGAAGUGGUUGCAUUAUUUCGUAAGUUAUUUGUGUUGAUGUAACAUUUGUGGUUGAAUGUUUGCAUAUUUUAUUUUUCAUACAUGAUCUUCUUUUCACGCCUCACCUUCCUUUGAGAGCAAACAUAUCUAAAUUAUCUGAAGAAAAGCUUGAAAUAUUCAUAGUUUGUAAAGUUAGGGAAAUGCCGCCAAAAACGUAAUUUUGACAAACUGUACAAAGUUCAUUAUUUGCUAAACAAAUAAUUUAAUGAGAUUUUUUCGAUGCCUACCUGUUAACAUACAUUACCAGCUUACGUCGGAGAACUCUGACUUGCUUUGGAAAUAAGGUUUCAAUAUUUCCCACAGUUAUUCAGGUAUGAAGCGACUAACUUCGUCCAGAUUUUGAGCAAGAAAGUGUAACAGCGUCAAAAUGGCAUAUGCAGAAAACGCCUAUGUUUGAAUCACCUUGUAUAUACAACAAGGUGAAUAGCAGUCAACUGCGCGACUAAUAUAAUUAUUCAGGCAAAGGAGUGUUGGUGCUGUGAGAAUAGUAAACAAGUUUGCUGGCUCAUUUUGCGCUUAAUUCUUUACUUGAAUUGGUUUCCUUGCGCGGCCACAAUACAUUUUUAGUGAUGUGAAACCACAAUGCUUGGUAAUAGUUUUAUACGCCGCAAGGCGACAGUGAUGAAUGGCAGAGUCAGUUACUUCCGUUUUGGGUGACACAGGCGAUUCAAAUAAUAUUAUCGUACGAGUAGGUUUUUAUUUCCAAAAUAGACAGCCGAAAAACUAAGAAAAGUUUCUAGGUCUACUAAAGAGCUGCUCUAACUUUUUUUCUUGCCACUUCUGUCUCAGAUCAAUAAAGUUCUUUGGCAGUCUAUUUAUAUUCCACAAAUACUUUGGGAAAAAAGCUUCUGUUGCCAUUGUUAUAAAAUGGGUUUUAUUGUACAACAUUUUCAGCCCAUUGAUUGUAAUAAAUAUAUGGCGUUGACAACAUUUACCUUUACAUAAAUGCCCCAAAAGACGAGUCUGUCCGUUCCGUUGCUUAAUGAGCCAUAAAAGCGCGUUUUUAAGUGUUUCGAAAGGGUUGUACCAAAAUAGUUCGCGCAAAUAUGUGUGUGCGCGUGUGUGUUGCACAUCGGUGGUUUCUGUGAGUUUUUGUGCUGCAAAAAGUCGUUUUAAAAUUAAGCAGGCGCAGACAGGCCAGACCAAUACAAAAAGGCGCAAAAUUAUAUUGCUUUUUAUAACUUUCGUAGGCAUCGCAUACUUGCGUAUGUUUGUAUGUACAUAUGUUUAUUUGAGUAUAUAUGGCAUUAUUUAUUUCCGUGCCUUUGUAUGCACAUCCGUUGCAUGCAUCAACGGCGACCUGCUCAGCUUGUUGCAUUGUGGGUUACACUUUGGUAAUAACCUCAAGUUUAUUGCCCUCAAGAGCAUUUGGAUAUUUGCGGGGAAGUUCAGCGUGCCCGACCAACAAUGGGCCCGCACAAGCGCGACUCGCUGGUAGGAAAAUACACGCGUGUAAGUGUAGUUGUAGCAAAGGCAUGGUUGCAUGUUCGAAGAAAAUUUUAAGCAAAUGAAAGAACUAAUAAUUUAAAAACGAUGACUACAUAAAAGAGGCGUUUAAUAGAAGCAAACUGUUUCCCAACAAAAACACAAGUUUGAUAAAAUUGCGAAUAAGAGACACAAAUAGUAAAAAAACUUGAGAAAAAAAUUUAAUUUUGAGUAGCUUUUACAUCGAAAAAAUAGAAAAUAGUCAUUAAAAAUAUAAAAAGAGGCAUUAAAAAUAGAAAGAAAAAAAUUAAAUAGAAAAUAGAAAAGGUCAUUCAAGGUCAUUAAAAAUUGUGCGAAAAAAACAGACACUUUCUCCUAGAAACAAUUGUCAUUCCGGUCGACCAUAUCAGAAAGUGGGAAUCACUAAAAGCCACUGGCGAAAACCAAUUUAACUAUAAACUAACUGUUACUUGUACGUCAGAAACAGCCCAGCCGCGCUUUAUUUCGACUCUGAUGUAUGUAAAGUGUAAAAUUUGUGAUUUAUAGUGGCAGUGUUCUAAUUUAAGCUUCCAUUGCAAAGAAGACUGCACACAAAUAUCACAAUAAACACAACGAAAUAGAAAUAAAUAACUCCAAUGGAUGCGCGCAAACAGAAACGGCUUGGCGCCGCUCCAAUUGCAUCGUUCGAAAAGUCAUUCGAGGAUUCAACGACCACUACCACCAAUGGCAGUACCACCAGUUCUAUCGCCAGUAGUUGCUCAGCCACAGCAAUAACUGUUAUCUCAGCAGUGCCGUUUCCGAGUUCAAUGACGUCCACCGCGUCGCAGGAGCAUGCAGCGCUUGCCAAGGACAUCCACAGCAAUGGCACGAGGACGAUGGAGCCACACGAGCGCAUCAUAAAAACAACAGCAACAGACACAACAAUCACAAUAGGAAAGUCUAGGACUGCUCAGCAACAACAACCCAGCAUUGCUGUAUCGGAGUCGGGGAGCAGUUCUGCCAUCGCUCUAAACAGUAGAUCUAAAUACGAUGGCAACAAUGCGAAGCGUGCACUUCCCCUUAAGGCGACCACCGCCGUCAAUGCCACUAGUAGUGCUGCCCCACUGAGCAGCAGCGACACCCUUGGUCAGCCGCAGCUGCAGCAUCAGCAGGUGGCAGCAGGUGGGGGCGGCAUGUUCAAAGGAGCCACUACGCUCACUACACCUUCGACGCCGCGCAUCGAACUGAGUCGCGCAUCGUCGUCGUCGCAUCACGAAGAGGAUAGCCGGGAAAGCAGUCCGGAGAAUGUGUUCGAGCAGGUUGGCACUGGCACCCUACAGGAAACAAUCGGCAUGGGAUUUCGUGAAGAGGGCGCAUUGGAGUUACGCAGUUCAACGGAGGAAUUGUACUUUAUGGAUCCCGAACAGAAGAAGGAAGAGCAGGCGAAGUUGCAACAGCAGCAAGCAAAGCGCUCCUCGCCGCACAUAUUUAAAUUUGACGAGCAUCAGAGCUAUUUGCAGCAACAUCAGCGUAAGGACUCUGCGAGUUCCGAGGUCGCUGCUCUGCUCUGUAUUUCCGGACGCACAAGUCGCAUUUCUAGUGUCGGCAGUCAAGGUUCAGCUGUGAGUCGUCUUUCGGCUAUAUCGGGCGUUUCGCGUUCGCCUUCACCACAUCGCAUGCUUUUGGAGACAUCAUUUUGUGGGCCAAAGCCAUUGGAAAAUGUAGUAGACGGUCACAUGUCAACCACCAUUGAACCUCCAACGGCUGAGUUACUUGAGCAAGUUUUGUUGGCACGUAAACACGAUCCAACGCAGGCAGUGCUGGCGGAAGGUAUUACCGUGGAAAGUUCGCCUAAAAAGAAGGCAACAUCACUGUUGAACGGUGAAACUAAGCCCUCGUCGAAAAGUGCUAAGAAAGUCGAGCGACCCAGCGCUGUGGCUACUUCUGCCUCUGGUGUUGGAAAGCCAACUAUGGGCUCUCAGCGUCGAAGUACCAAAAGUCCUGGACAGAUGGUAAUUGGAAAGACCCCAAGUGGCACCGAGUAUAUACGCAUUAACCUGAAGCCCGACUACAUGUACGACGAUAGGGGUAUUGCACCUCAUGAAAAAGUUGUAGAGGCUCCGAACAGUAUCGCACCACUUUAUUCGCGUAGUCAGAAAAAACCUGCUUCGCUCAGCUUAGGUCGGACUGCCGUAGACGAGAACCGUCUCACACCUACGGCAAGUCCUAAGCCCGUGCGUCAUGGUGUUUUUGCCAAGGACGCACACGGUAGCCGUUCGCCUUCCCCAGCUACUGUAUCAGUUUCACGGAAAAGUUCGUUUAAUUCAAUAUUUCGCCUUGGCGGCAAGGAUUCACCCGAUUCACCACGCGAACGUUCACGUUCACGUAGCAAAAGUAAAGAACGUCAACCGCCGCAGUCACAAAAUGUUACGCCAAGCAAACAAAAAUCCGUUUUAGCGAUUUUCAAGCCAGGCAAACGUGGCAGUAAUGCGGGAGCUGAUGCUAAAUCUUCGAAGAGUUCCUCGCCAAUCGAUGGCCAUGAACUUCAGCAACAGGCUCAACAAAUGCGCAGCAAGUCACAUACACCAUCAUCAACUACUACUGGCGGAGGGUCUCGGCCUGCGAGCAGAUUACGUUAUUACGAUGAGCCAGUAGAAGGCGUGAUUCAUAUACCUCUUCAUACCCCACCAGAGGAAAAGGAGACACGAAAAUUACUGCAUGGUAUACAACAACUGAAUGCGGAGCCGAUGCGUCCAGUACCAACUGCUAUAACUGCUAGCCAACUGGCCGCGGCUGCUGCAGCUUUGAAGCCGGUGGGGGCUCGUAAGGGUUCGGGGAGUGGCUCAUCAGGAAGCGGUCAAUCUCAGCCACGUUCUCAACAGUUAGACAAAUUGCAGCGCAUUGAAAAUCUCGAUGCCAUACACUCGCUGUCACAAGAUGAUGACAAUAAAGAGCGCACGUGGAGCUUGGAGGUGAACAAGCAUAGUUCACAAGAUUCGCAGGAAACUGCUGGUUCUGAAGCAAGUUACGCGAGCGCCAUCAAAGUAAAUCUUCGUUCAAACUUGGCAAAUGUAAAAGAAAAUGUGGUACAAGAAAAUGGUGUGGCAGCGGAGGCUGAAGUUCAUCGAUUGCCCUCAGUAGAUAGUGGUGGUGAGAUAAAAGUAGUUGAAACGGUAGCCAUGGUGAACGUGAACAUUACGCAAGUUCAGCCCGAAAAAGAACAUUCAAAAGAAAAGCGUCGACUGCUUUUUACCACACGUCUAGGCUCGGGUAGUCAGGAUCAAAUCUUUUCGACGCAAUUUAGUAUUUCAAAGACCGAGAGUCAAUCUAGCCAGCUAUCAGAGCAAGUACAGGAGACAAUAGCUGAAAGUCCUGUGUCAGAAACCCUACACAGGCAAGGCACAGUGAUACGCCGCUCAGAGGAGGAAGUGGAAACCGCUACUCAAGUAAAAGAGUCCAAAGAGCCGACUAAAUUGCCACCCAAACGGCGAAGCUCCACAGAAUCGUCAGCACGUCGUCAGAAGUCGAUCUCUACAUCUGAAGACGAAAAACAUAUUGUGCAAACAACAGUUACUGCAGUGGUUAUGAGGCGUAAAGAAUCCCAUGAGGAACCAAGACGAAAAUCGCGGUCUACAUCCGAAGAGGACGCAGAGGCUGGUGGCGGUGUUCUAAAUCAACGACAUUCGCGUUAUCUGGAAAACUUUGAUGUGCGGAAAAAAUACCACGAAAAUAUACCACGAAAACCGAAACGGCAAAGCGUUUCCGAAACAAAACGUGGUGAGAGCGCAGAGGAGACCGCUAUAGCUGCAAUAGGGCAUCAGGAAUAUCAAAAAAUACCGAAACUACAAAAACAACAGCAACAAUAUCAACAACGUAAGCCAACACUGCCUCAGCCGCCACCACCAUCUACAGCCCCUUCACCUUCACCGCCUCCAACUGCUGCGUCCGCACCGGACAGCCGGUCACCAACGCCUACAAAACGUGCGCCGCGUUCACAAUCCCAGUCACCAAUAGAUCGUUCUGGAAAGCAAACACCCCUUAAACCACCAAGGACCUCGACACCCACUCGCCGCUCACAUGUCGCACCCGAAAGACAAUCAAUGCCUUCAACCGAUGAGCCAGCUGAGUCAUCCGAAAGCGAACGAGACUCAGACUUAGCUGGUGGCUCUUCAGCCGCAACCGAUCCUAAGCGGCGCCACUUGCCACGUCAUGUGGGCGCCAUAGAAGAUCACGAAAGUACAGGACUCGUAUCGCAAGAGUCUUUCGACGAGCUUCCCUACGUGCCCACCACCCUACCAGAGGAGCGCGCACAAGGUAUUCCGCUCAUUCCUAUGAAAGAUCGGGCCAACAUGGAAUUGAAAACUUGUCCUGUAGAGCGACCACGCUCAACUACACCACUAAAUCCCUCACAUUUGGAAGAAUAUUGUGGCAUAGUUACACCCCAGGAACAAACUUAUGAAUUUACUGGUUCCGUGCCCGUACGUGGAGAGAAACUACGCAUCAGUCUGCCACGUAAAGACUCUACUAAGGAGCGGGUACAAAGCGCGAAGUCACCACGACGCCCAUCCAAUACGAGCGGAAAAUCUUGGUUCGAGUUCGCAGAAGAGGGCCUGCGCGCUACUGCGGCCAACUUGGAGCGUAAGGACUCCAAUAAGCAAUUGCUCACACAGCAACAACCAGAAGUGGAAACUAAAACAAAGGCGGCUGUUGGUAAGGCCAUCACAACUACAGUGCAAACUACACAAAAACAAAUCACAUCAACCUCUGGCACCACAUCAACGCAACGCAAACUUUCCGGGCACUGGAUAGAUUUCGAAAAUAUACCAGAAAAACGCAAGCCACCAAAGCGAAUCACGGCAUUGCCCAAAGAUGGGGCUAUAACAACAACUACUAGCAGCAGUCGAACUCAUGCCACCGCUUCGAGCGCCCAACAUGCAACGUAUACCCAAUCACAUGGGCAUGUACAUGGACAUCCACCACCACAACCCGAUGUGACUAUGGACGGCAAAAUCCAUUACAACUACGUGAAACCAGAAGAUUGUCAGUGCGAGUGUCACGAGGCAAAGCGCGAAGGGGGCGUCGGCGCUGAGGCAAGCGAUGAUGCAGGCACCGCCGGCGCGGAAGAUGAGGCUGAGGGCGUAGCAAGUAGCAAAUCCAUAACCAGCGUUGAUCUGCUACAGCAAGGUGAGGAUAUGUUGCCUCUGCUAGACCCCGACACACAGGAUGGAAUUGAGCCAAGUGACUCCUCACGUGAAUACAGCUGCUAUACGGAUGACGAGAUGGAUGUUCCAAUGCGACAGACUAGCUCAAGAUGCCCGAAGAGCAAUUCCUCAAAGUUGGACGAGUUUCCGCGUCGUGAUGUAUCACACAGUCCCCGCAAUCGGAAGUUUCCGGACAAUCGCAAGUGAGGCCUUUGGCGGUUCUGCAAUGAGUUUUUUGUUUUAUCUUUAAUUUCGUUGAGGAAAUUCGCUUAUCAAAACUUGUCAGUUGACUUGGAGUGGCUGGAGUAAAGCCCCUUUACUCCGCUUUUGUUAAUUUGUAAUCAUCCUUUUAAGAUGAGGUAGUAAAAUUUAGUCAGAUUUACACUUAAGUAGUCGAAAUAUUUUACAUUUAUUUGUGAAAGUAUGAUAGUUGCAAUAUUUAGAUUAUCUUUUUUUUACAAAUUUACUACACUUCGUUGGGAUCAGUGAUCUUUGUUUAAUGCUUUAAAUUAGUUAGUAAAAUGCAAUUAAACUGCCAAAAACCGUAGCGAUGGUGAAAUCGAAUCAAAUCUUUUCAUUACGCGGCACAGAAACGAACACCUUUUGAAAGGCACUCGAACACGAAAAUUGGCUAAGCAUUCAAAUCAGAACUUAUGAACCAUUUUAUAAGGAAUCAGCUAAUACUUACAAUACACACAUAUUACUACUACAAAUACAAGUACAUGCAUACGUAUAUACAACCAUAUAUAAAGCAUAUGAAAAGUUUACUUAUUAAUACACACAUACAUACUUAUACAUACGUACUCGUACAUGUUCGUCUCACUUACAUAAAUACUUGAUAUCAAAUUAGUUAGCUGAGGAUUUUUAUGAAUUUAGGAGCGCAAGAAAAUACACUUUAUACAAAAAUACGACACGCAAAUACUUGUAUAAGACACUCGGUUGCUUAACUUUUAGAGCUACUUGGUAGGGCAAUUGUGUUAAAGGGGGCUCGGGCUUCUUAGGAAGAAAUAUAGCGCAGAUGUAUUGAAUAAUUAACAUCUCAGUGUUAUUGUAAUUUCCCAAUAUUUGGAAACCAAAUUCCCGCUAAAAAUACUCUUAAAUAUAGAAAAUAUUGUCAGUGGUAUUGUUGAAGGAAACGAAAGUUGUUCAAGGCUGUUAUCAGAGCCUUUUGACAUUAAAUGUAUGUAUGCGUGUAUACUUGUCGUAGCUCUAAGAAUUGAAUUGCAUAUACAUACAUAUUUCGCUGGCCUGUAGUAGAGCACAUUAAAUUUGAAAUUAAGAUUUGAAAAAUUCUUAUGACAUUAAUAAAUGGGUCCUUUAGUAUUAGGAAUUAUGUGGCACCCGAUAGAGUUGUUUGACAAAUAUGAAUAAGAAAGAGUUGUUGUUGUUGUUUUGAAUAGAGAAUAAGCAAAAUCGACCCUAUUCAGAGUUCUAGAUGUUCAUCCAUGUAUUUUUAUAAAUCCACUAAAAAUCGAAAUUGAAGCCACACGCAUGCAGGUAUGUGUGCAUGCACGUAAAAAGUCCGAGUGCUUCUCAGAAACUUGAGCACUUACUUAUGCUUUCUAUCUUGAGAUUGCCACUCAGACUUCCUCUUCACGAGUGCAUACAAAUACCUUUUCGGAAAAGCGCUUAGAGCUUAGAGCAAUAAAUAAACUGGAAACUUGUAUGACUUUAGGUUGGUAUUAGAAAGGCGGAAGUGAUACCUACAGGGUGUGUACAGUAUUUGAGUGCAACUUGAGAGUAAAAGUAAUUCGCUUUUAUUUUUAACCAAAUUUUAAUGAAUCUUCACGAUUUUUUUACAAAACAUUAACCAUAAAAUCAUUCAAUAAAUUUUCAAUAACCUCCCCAAUCGGGGUCCAAAAACGAUUGCAUGCCCGAAUCAAAUGGGCUUAACGGUAUUGAUUGCAGCCUUCAGAGAAGAAAUGGUGUUAUUGUUUUCACGCUCAACUACGCCCCAUACCUUGUAAUCCAGGGGAUUAAGGUCUGGAAGUCAGUGCUCUCAGGCUGUUCAGUGUUUUUAUUUUUGCUUAGAAGGCGUUUUGUUGUUGCUGGUGUUGUGGCAGUAGCUUUGCCCUGUCAGUGUAGUGUAAAUCACCGGUCGUCUUCGUCGAGAUCAUCUAACGGAAGGCUCAGGAAACUUGCUGUUUCGACAGGUUGGGUUGACAGUCCAGAGGGAGAGGGGUGCUAGAUGAGCGUUUUGAUCGAAUAACUCGCUGUUCUCAUGCUUGCUCCGGCGUAAACUGCCUUCUGCGCAUAACGUAGGUUUUAUACCGAAGAUCCUCAAGAGCAACUCGACGGAUAAGACCUUAAGAAACAUUAACCUUCCUCGCAGAUCGGACAAUGUCAGAACGUUCCUCGGGGUUUUGUGUUUUGCAACAAAUUCUGUAUCGUCGCCUGAUGCUUCCAAUUCCCGGCAAACCUUAUGAACGAAUAAAGGGCGUACUUAAGAAAAUUAGAGAUUUCUAAAUCGGUGUGAUUUGCACAUAUGUAUUUGUAUCGCUUAUAAAUUCAGUUAUAGGGACUUAGGUGUAGAUAGUUUGACGUAUUUGCUGUCAUAAAAAAGUAACACGAAAUUUUCCAUGCUUUUGGUUAAUUAUCUUUCAUUUGUAAUAUUAAGCGCAUACCUCAACAAUAUUUUCCUCAAAGACAUUUCCAAUCAAAGUUUAAGGUAUUUUUAAUUUCUUUGAAUUUUCUGAUAAAAUUUGCUCGAUUUUCGCUCAAACUUCGAACCAAUGGCAGGAUAAAACGUAAGCUAUUUCCAUAACAGCUUCCAUUUUCAGGUGCCUCAAGCAAGCUUGUGCGCUUAUAGUGGAACUCCUUCACUUUUUCUCUUGCGAAUUUAUUUCUAACAAAGAAAGCCAAAAGUAUAGUGCGAAUGAGGGGUAUUUUAUUAUGGUAUUCAAGUUUUGGAAGCCAAAUAAAAUCGUAAAAAUUGUAUUGUGCUUUCUAAAUCGAAAAAUAUUAUUAUUCCAUUUUUUAUGAAAAUCUUAUUAUACAGUUCUGAAAUCAUAUAGCCAUUUAAACAUUUUGUAUAAGUCUCUGAUUAUGAUUUCCCUUUUUCUAAUAAACCAGAGAUAUUGCCGCAUAAGUGCGUCGUACUAUAAUCCCAUCUCUAACGCAAACCUUGCUAAACUACGAACUCCUUCAUGAUAUCCUUAAAAUUGAUACAAAAUUAUUACAAUAAAAACGUUUAUCGAAUUAUUGCAGACAAGACGUAUAGUUAAGUUGUUGGAAAUGCAUUUAAUUACCAAUUAAGAAUAUUUAAAAUAUAAUACAUGAAUACAAGAAUUUUAUUUAAGAAAGAAAUAAAAAAGGAAAAAAUCGCAGGCAACUAUAAAUCGGAAAAAAAACUUACAAAAAAUAUUUAAAAUGCGAGAAAAAUUGUUAAUCACUCAAAUAUUGACUUAUUGAACGGUAUUUAAUAUUAUUUAUUUCUAGUCAAAAUACAAAUGAAGAAAAAUUAAGUAAAGCAAUGCUUAAAGAUUUUCAACUUAUAAUUCGCAAGUAAUUGAAUUCAUGCACUUCAUUAACAUAUAAUAUAAUACUUACAAAACCUUUAAGUAUAAACAGGGAGGAGCAUUGAAUAAAAAGUACUACUAAAAUGUAUUAUAAGUUAAAGUGUUUUCUUUUUCAAAUUUUCCAUUGUUGUGUAAGCCAUUCAGGAUUUAUGUUUGCUAUUCGAAGCGCUUGUAAUGCAGUUUUUAAAUUAUCGUACCGAAACGCCAAAUUUGUGUGCUCGCUUGUCAAAUAGUCAAAUACCUUUGCCGUUAUGGCU